GGAGGCACCAGAAUCUGAAAACCUCACCUCUGGACAGGACCUGCCCACCCUCCACCCCUGACACCAUGACCCACUCGUGCUGCUCCUCUUGCUGCCAGCCUACGUGCUGCAGGACCACCUGCUGCCGGACCACCUGCUGCCAGCCCAGCUGCUGUGGGUCCAGCGGCUGCGGACACAACUGCGGUGGGUCUAGCGGCUGUGGGUCCAGCUGCUGCCAGCCUUGCUGCUGCCCAACUUGCUGUCACACCACCUGCUGCCGGACCACCUGCUGCCAGCCCAGCUGCUGUGGGUCCAGCUGCUGUGGGUCCAGCGGCUGUGGACAAAACUGCUGUGGGUCCCACUGCUGCCAGCCAGUUUGCUGUACCCCCGUGUACUGCACAAGAACCUGCUACCACCCCACCUGCUGCUGCCUGCCUGGGUGCCUAGCCCAGGACUGUGGAUCCAGCCACUGCUAGC